AUGGUGGAUCCUGCUGACCUCCCAGGAAGGAACUCGGACCCCCCAACUCCAGACGCAGAACAGGGACCAGAGAGGUAUGAAGGGGUCCAUUAGCAGCUCACUGAGAUUUGGGAAACUGGAAGUGUUUGGGCCAGGCUUGGGUGUAUCUGCGGAGCUCGUCAGAGUGCAAGAGGGUGGGUCCCUUCCCUCUAAAAUGUGGCCCUGUAGGGCGUGGCAGAGGCCGCAGGGAGCCAACAGGUGGUGCUUCCAUUGUACCUGCUCAAGCUGAGGCCCAGGUGAACCAAGAGCUUUAUGAGUAAGGUGGGUUUCCAGGAAGGGACUCAGGUCAGAGGUGGCAUCACACAGGCGUUUUGGGAGCAUUGGAAGAAGAAGAAGAGUUUGGAUUUGAUAUCCCGCCUUUCACUCCCCUUCAGGAGUCUCAAAGCAGCUAACAUUCUCCUCUCCCUUCCUCCCCCACAACAAACACUCUGUGAGGUGAAUGGGGCUGAGAGACUUCAGAGAAGUGUGACUGGCCCAAGGUCCCCCAGCAGCUGCAUGUGGAGGAGCGGGGAAUCGAACCCGGUUCCCCAGAUUACGAGACUACCACUCUUAACCACUCCACCACACUGGCUCUCAGAUGGUAGCUGCACAGAAGAACCAGCAGAAAAUGACUUGGACCCGUGCUUUGUAGGCAUGGGGCAAGUGCAGGUGUGGCUGAGCCCUGAGUCAGACCUCUGGUCUCUGUAAUUCAGCAUCAUCUGCCCCAAUGGGGAGCCGCUCUGCAGGGCUGCAAGUGGGGCAUUCCCAGCCCUGCCUGGAGAUGCCAUUGGUGGAGGAGCCUGGAGUCUUCUGCAUGCAGAGAGAUGCUCCGUCCCUGAGCUGUGGCCCUUCCCCAUCAGAAGAGCCAAAGGGGCCCAGACACUCCAUCACCCUGCUCUCACAGGGGCCAACCAGGUGCCUAGGGGAGGCAGGCAUGUUCAGAUCCAGGGCUCCAUGGCAGACGUAACCAGGAAUCUGGGAGAGACCCCGUGCUGGGCAGGUGGGGACGUCUUGCGGCUUGUGAGUGUGAAGCUGGUGCUGCUCCAGCGAGCGCUAAGGCUGUGCCAUGAGCUGCCUGCUGUGGCAUCUGGUGAGGGCACUCCCAGCCUGCUCCGAGAAUGCCUUCAAUGAAGUGGAAGCUGCCCUUUACAUCAGAUUAAAGCCCUGCCAGCUUGCCCUUGGCGUCCUUCCAUGCCAAACAGCCGAGGGGGAAGGAAGGGGCUCCUGGCCGCCUGGUCGGUUUCCAGCCUCAAAGCCAAAGCAGAGCCUUUUCCCCAAAGGGGACAAAGCCACCCUCUGGGCCCACAUCCCCAGCUGAGGCGCUGGGAGCUCUCUGGAAAAAAAGGUGCUUUUUAGUCAAGAGAGAAGUCGAGUAAGAGGCAACACGUCAGAAGGGUAUAGAAUUAGUCCUGGUCUGGAGAAAGCGGAGAGAGGAAAACUGCCCUCCCUCUUUCAUAACACCUGGGUGGUCGUCCAAGAAAAAUGGGUGCUGGAGAUACAGGAGAGAGGGGAAAAAGAGCUUCUUUAAGCAGGGCAGAGUUUAACCGCGGAACUCGCUGCCACAGUGAUGGCCACCAACUUGGAUAGUUUCUUAUGUUCUUCUGCAACUCGUCCUCCUUGUUAGCCUGCCUUUCCCAUCCACUGCAAAGGCUUUUUCCGGCUGGCCUCUGUGCCAAGUCCACCUCGAAACCCCUUUGCCGGCUGUUAAAUGUUUUCCUUUAAUCUUCCCUUACGAGCAGAGCUUACAGGUUGACCCUGAUUGCUCCAACAUUCAAGCAGCCAUUUCAUGGAAAGCCACUGAGCCGAUUGAGCCAGGUGUCACGUGGUGGGAGGGGCGUCCUAAAGUGUCCCCAGGAAGUCAGAGAGCAAAGCCUGUUCAUGUUUCCACUGUCUUGAGCAGGAGGCCGGCUGUGCUCCAGUCCCUGCUCCUCUUUCCCUCUUGAACUGACCAGAAGGGAUAGAACCUGCGGCCCUCCAGAUGUCUUGGACCACAAUCCCCAUCAUCCCUGACCACUGGUCCUGUUAGCUAGGGAUCAUGGGAGUUGUAGGCCAAAACAUCUGGAGGGCCAAAGGUUGGGGGUGCCUGGGAUAGAACUUCCAAAGAGCCAGUCUGCAGGAUCCGGCCAAUGGCCCAACUAGGCCAGCCUCCUGUUCUCCCAGUGGCCAUGCAGUUGCCCCCAAGGGAAGCUUGCAAGCAGCAUCCAAGCACAAGAGCCCCUUCCGCCUGCUGGGAUUCAGCAUUGCUGGCCCCAACUGUGGAAGCCCAGCAGAGCCAUCAGGGCUGGGAGGCUAGGAGCCAUCGACUGCCGCCUCCUCCUUCAUGAAUUUGCUCAUCCUCUUUUAAAGCCAUCCAGGUUGGUGGCCAUCCCAGCCUCCUGUGGAAAGGAGUUCCACAGGUUAACUCUGCACUGUGUGAAAAAGUACUUCCUUUUCUCUGUCCUGAAUCAUCCAGCAUUGGAUCCCCACAUGCACCACGACCCAGCAAGCAGCACAGCUCCUCCCAUCCCUGCAAGAUCCACUUGCUUUCCCCAGGAUCCCCCUGAGGCUUAGGGGAGGACACAGUCCCUGAGACAGCCACAAACACUUUUAUUAAGGGAGAAGUGGCGUCGUUCUCGCUGCUCGCCUGUGUGGAGGGAGGCUUCAGGGACAUGGACUCAGCCAGUGGCCUCCUUGAGGAGGCAUGUCAAAGGUGGGGCACAUAGGGAUAGAAGCACCAUAUCUAUAUAUAUAUAAUAUUUUUGGCCAGGGGCUGCUUGGCACAGCUGGAGCACUGGGUGGCAUGUGGGGCACUGCCCAGCCUUUUCCUGCCAGCCAGAAUAUCCCAAAGCUGAGCUCAGCCCCCUGCUCAGAGGUGGGGGCUAUGUGCCUUGCCCGCUAUGUCCCAUGGAGCAUUGAGGAAGAGGUAAAGAGGAAGCCAUGGUUGGCCCAGCUGCAAGUGCCCUCUGUGGCCACUGGGCACUGGGCAGAAGGCGAGGCGGCCUCCUUGCCAUGGUGGGGUCUGACUCUGCUUCUGCUCCCAGGGCCUGGCUGAGGGGCGACUGGAAAGAGCGCAGCCCAGACAUGCGGGAGCAGCUGCUCUCCCUGUGCCACUGGCUGGACGCCCUGGAGAAGAGGCUGCCGGGCCUCCCUGAGCGGGACUCUGCCACAGAGGUAAUGGGGAUGGGGGGGCACCACUAGGCUUCUCAGCCCCACCAGAACGGGCUCCUCAGCUUGAGGCAACAGCUUCCAGGUUGCCCCGGUCAGCACCAGGUCCUGCUUUAUUGAGGCUUUCUGGUUUGCGUGAGCUGAGUUUCCCAGGAGCUGAGCUUGCUCGAUCAUAUUAUUAUUAUUAGAAUUUGUAUACCUCCCUAUACCCGGAGGUCUCAGGGCGGUUCACAGAAUAAAAAUCAAAAUAUAAAACUGCAAACUACAUAAUCAAAAUAAAAACAACAACCCAAUAACCGCCCCCGCAGCCCCCCCCCAUUUUAAAAGUGCAUAGGAUGUCCAAUCACAGCUAUGUACCUUAAAAGAUUCCUUCUCUUCUGCAUUCUUGGCAAGAUACCAACUUGCAUGGAAAGAAGGAAAUUUGGAAAACCUAAACCACCAGCACUUAAGUUUCACAUACCUAAAAAGUGCCUGCAGGAUCCGGCCAGGGGUCCCCCUAGUCCAGUCUCCUGUUCUCACAGGGACCAACCAGAUGCUGAAUCUCCUUGAUGAGCUCUCCCCCCACUGGGUGCCCCCCUGCCUUCACUUAGGUGCAUUUUGCAGCCAGCAAUGAGCUGGAUCGUGGCUGACUCACCUCGUCCUGCCCAACAUGGUGAAAGUGCCAGCCCUGGAGGGCACAGCCCUGGUGGCCCACAUCCCUGUGCAACUCAAGGUGUCUGAGGACGGCAAGUGUAGGAUUUUUUGGGCGGGGGGAGAACCUGCCCCUGUGUCACUUUGUGCCCCCAGUGUUUUACUGCCUGGUGCUCAUGUUGUUCUGGGGUUUGCGCUGUGACCUGGCCUGUGUUCCCAGUUGGCGUGUGGCACAUGAUGCCCUCUGGCAUUUGUAGGCCCUUCCUUACACAGCCUGGCUCACCUCAGCCUUGCAAAGAGGCCUCAGCAACACACAGGCAGCUUGGGGGGCCGGGAGGUGCCUCCCUCCUUCCUUUGGCCUCCCCCUUGGUAUCCCCGUGUGGGCAGCAGCGCAGCGUACAAGGGGUUAAUGGGUGUGUGUGGCGGUUCACUCCUGGCCGCACAUGCAUGUGCACCCCCCCCCGCCUAGGCAGGCCCAGGCCCUCCGUCUUGAGCCGCUGCCAGGCUGCUGAAAGGGUUUCCCCCAGCUGCCUUUUGUUCUGCUCCUGCUGGGCACAUGGGCUCCCUCCGCACCCCUGACGGCACAAACUGAAAGGCUCAUUCAUGCCGGACAAAGGGGGGCUCGGAGAGAGCCCACCGCCCGGCUCCCAGGAUCUGAGGCUGCGGCCAGAGGGGCUGGGCUGGGGGCUCCUCUCUGCCAGAGGGGAGGGGUCCGGCUGGCGUGUGUGUGUGUGUGUGUGUGUGUGUGUGUGUGAGACACCAAGCAGGGAGAGCAGGGCCACCCUCAGCUCAUCCCACAACACCCCCAGACCCCUCAGCCAGACCCCCUUGCAAGGGGAAAAGAGAAUCAUAGAACCACAUAGAGCUGAGGCUCAUCUAGUCCAACACCUGCGACGCAGGAAUAUGCAGCUGUCCCUUAUGGGGAUCGAACCAGCAACCCUGGCAUUCUCAGCACCAGGCUCUCACCAGCUGAACCAUGCAGUGCCAGGCACUCUGCAUGGACACAGAGGCAGGGCCUUUAUGAUAAUAAUAUCAUAGAAUUGUAGAGUUGGAAGGGACCCUGACGGUCACCCAGCCCCACCCCAUCCGGGACAGGUGGCCAGCCAACACCUGCUUUAAAACCUCCAAUGAAGGAGUCUGUUGUUACUACUACUCCUACUACUCUCUUACUUGUACUCCACCCAUCUGACAGGGUUGCCCCAGCCACGACUAGACUGACUCCUCUCUGCUGCUCUGUGGGCACUUUGAGCACCGUUGGGUUUUUUUGGGGGGGGGAGGCUGCUCCUGCCUUGUGGUUUUAUCUGAAGGGCUAGCAAGAGGCCCUUUCUUCCCUGGCAAGGUGGGGGGAGGUGUCCUUGGAAGAUGUUACCUUGAUCAGAAUUAGUCCUCUGAGCUGCACAGAGUUCCAGGACAUCAUCAUCAUCGUCACCAUCAUCUAUCAUUUAUACCCCUCCCACCUGGCUGGGUUCCCCCAGCACUGAGCUCCUUUGCAGUUGCUGCUGUGGCCCCUCCAGGCGGGUGUCUUUUUGCAAGGGCAUUUUGCAGCAUUUCAUGGAAGCAGCGGCUUAAACGGACCUUCCGCGCUGUGCUGCUUCUCCUCGUUGCCGCCUGGAGGGGGCGCUCUUGCCCUGCCGCGCAGCAGAAGCCAAACCAUCCCAGGACACAGAGCUUGCCCUCCUGAGCACAAAUCAUCCCAGAUGCGCCACAAAGGGGCGCCGGGUCAGCCGGGGGGGGGGGGUUUGAGCUGGGGGGGCCUCUGGGUCACUUUUUAAAAGGUCUGGCGGCGUCUUGAAUGAGGCUCCUGUUUGGGGCAUUUUACUGGCGUAUCUUUCAAUAUAUUGAUUGCAGUGGGAGGGGGGAUUCCAGACCAAGCAUGUGGAGAGGGGCAGUGUGCAGAGAGACAGAACCAGGCCCCUCAGCCCGGUCGUUGCUUUGCAGGGGGACCCGUUGCCUUGAAAGUGCGCGCUCGUUCUCUACCCUCUGGGCAUGAGGGGACUUGUGCCAUGGGCGCCUGAGAGGCUGUGCAGAGAGACCCCCAAGACCCAACGAUGCUCCUUUGGAGCAGCAUCCCUGCUCCUCAGCUUCGCCUGGCUCUGGGCACCACACACAACCCCUUCCGUGGGUGGCCAAGGGGCAUCGUGCCCGCCGGUGGGCCUCCCUGCUGCAAUGGCCCUGGCAGACUCUGGUGGAGGUGGGCAGCAGCAGCAGCAGCCAUGGCGCAGCCCUUGGAGAAGCUGGCGGAGUGGGCAGCGGUCCUGCCACCUCAAUUUGCCCCACAGAAGUAGUGGCGCUCAAGAGCCUUGUGGGGAAUGAGAAGGGCAGUGACAGCCAGCUGCCCCUGUGCCACAGAGGACACGGAAAGCUGGCCUAGGGCAGGUGCCAGCUGUGGGCACCAUGAGAGCGCUAGGAGCCUGGCAGGUGCCCACCCAUGCAUGACAGGUGAUGAUGCCAGCCCCGGUUGCACCCGCCCUCCCUCCCUGUGGCUCUGGGGGCAACCAGGAAGGGGAAAGUGGAGCUUCCCUCCACCCCAAAGUGGGUUCCAGGCUGGGGGGGGAGGGCAUUGGCAUCCAGGGCAGAAGCCGAGCUUUGUGCCACCUGCACUGCGGGGGAGGUCAGAGCCACACACCCCCCAGCUCGGAAGCAACCUCUCCCUUUCCUCCUGCUCUCCAGAGGGUUCGCCCCCCCCCCGAGUUUCUCUUUCACUUGUGGGCUCCAGAGUCAGCCCAGUGAUGGCCUCAGAGGUGAAGGGGGUUCCUUCUUUCUCUUCCCCCAACUUUGCCCGACUUGCCCUUGAGUUAAGCAUCAAGCCUCAGGCCCACAACCCUGGAGGGGUCCCAGGCUGGCCCCCCGGAGGACCAGCUGUCCAGACCCUUGAGCAUCCCCCCCCCGGCUCUUGGGGCUGCGGUUGCAGCAGUGGCUGGACCCGAGUGAGGGGGGGAGGGGGUCCUGCUGGUGGGGGGCUGUUCCUCUGGGAAAAGCUCCUCUCCUCCUCCUCGGUGGCAAAGGCGCCUGCCCCCUCCCCCACCAGCUCCCGGGAUAGUUGGGAGCCCUGUUGCGUUUCCCCAGUAACGGCGAUUGUCUUGCAGCGAGCAAAGAGUUAAUGCGAGAGGGCUUAUUGUAUUAGCCUGAGUGUGCUGAGGGGGUCAGCGGGGCAGAGGGUGGGGGGCAGCGAGGGAGGGUCUCUGCGCAGCCAGGCAGCCAGAGGGGCUCGCCUCCAUUUCCCCGGGGCAGUCUGCCUCUGCUGGUGGGGCUCUUCUGGGCCCAGAUCCACGGGGCUUCCUGGGAGGUGCCUUCUUCUCCCUCCUCGUGUGCCAGUUCUCCUUGGGAGGGCUCCCCCCAUCCACCCCGCAAUCCCUCCAUCCAUCCUUCUUCUCCGGCCUGGACUGACAGCUACCAGGAGAGCCCUGGGAGAGGGGGCAAAGGGGGCUCCACGCUGCCGCCGGGCGCCCGCCACCAAGCUGGCCUCCAGCAGCUGCUCCAGAGAAGGCCUCCUCCCUGCACGACACGCCGGACCCUGGGCCAGACACCCCGGCAGCCCCGGCUCUCCUCUCCCGAUGGAACUUCAGCCCAAGUCCCCCCACCGCCGGGGGCUUCCGACGGCUCCUCUCCGUCCGUCCCGGGGGCAGCGGCCGAGGAGCCCCUGAAGGCAGAAGCGGAGGCAGCCGCCGUGCCCUUGGCCCGCCACCGACCGCGUGGCAGACCUGCCGCCAGCCUUGUGGGGAGCUUCCGUGCCACGCCAUGAAGGUAACCACGCCAGCCCUGCGGGGCAGCCUGAGGGCCUGUCACUCAUCCCUUCUUGCCCCUCCCCACGACAAAAGUUGGGGCCCAGACCAGAAAGAGGCUAAAUGGAAGCAGGGUUUUUGAGGUGGAGGGCAGAGGACAUGAGGAGCCAGUGGCACCUGGCGGGUGGGCUCAGCAGAAGAGCAGGCUUGGGGGUGCAGAGCUGUGGGCUUCCCCUGCUGCCCCCUGUCCCUCCCAGCACCCACAACUCUGCUCCCCUUUACUCCAGUGGAGCAAGCAGGUAGAGGGGGUCCCGUCAGUGGCAUGGCCGGGGGGGGGGGGGCUGCUCUGCCAUCGUUCUGAGACUCCUCAAGUGGCAGGUGGCUGGGUUGUGUGUGUGCGACUGGUGGCCCCAGGUGGCGCCUCUGCCAAGGACGCUGUCUCCUCCUGGCCCAGCAUGGCCUUGUCAGGCGGGGGGGGUGAUGGGUGGGCUGUGGGCAGCCACCUGUCUGGGGCCGCUUGAUGGAUGGCUGCGCGGACGCCCUGCUUGUCCCUGGACCGCCCCCCUCCAGAGGCUUUUGUCAGGGGGGCUCUGCGGACAGAUGGCUUCUCCUUCCGCUGGGCUCCAGCUUGCCCAGGUUUAAGCGCAGGGACCCGGCAAGGAGGCAUCCGUUAGCAGCAGCUGCUGGUCCGUCUGUCUCACUGGCUUCCCCCUCAUUUGCAUUGGGACGCUGGGAUGGAGCCCUGGCUCUGGGGAGGUCUGUGCCACAGAGGAGAUGCUGAGUGGCCCCCCAAGGGCUCGGCUGCCCGGAGCAGCUCCUCCAUCGCCAGCUUCCUUCCCUGCCCCCCAGGCCAUAUUAGGGACUGAGUUUCAGCCCCAGUCACCCUUGGGUGCUUUGGGCAAACAGCCUUUGGGCUCUGCCUCCCGGCCUGUGGCUUUUAUUCUCUUUGGCACCCCAGAGGCCAAGCCUCCCCUGAGCCAGAAGGGCAGGGGUGCAGGCAGGAUGGGUGCAGCCCCCCUGGGUGGGAGCUUGCUUCCGUGAGACCCUCACCAGGGUGCAGGAGGGCUCCCUGCCAGCAAGGACCACGUUCCUGUUCCCCAGCAAGCCCAGGAGUGGCUGACACCUUCUGGGCUCCUCCUAAACGCUGGGCUUAAUUUCUGGCUGGGCUCAUCCAAAUACAUAAGCGCUUAAUCCCCUCAAGUGUUUCCUGGUUCUCAGAGAUUAGGGAGGCGAUUUCUGUUUGUGGUAUUGCAGCAUUUGCACGUUUGACGCCCUGGGCUCCUUUGGAGGAAAGUCCGGGUGUAAAUGUAGUGGAAUCACAGAACUGAAGAGUUGGGGGACCCAAAGGGUCCUCUAGUCCAACCCCGACAAUGUUUUUCCAAAAUCCUCUGGUGGGAUUUGAUCCUACGGGAGAGGUCUGGCUAUGGUCCCCACUUCUGUUCGGUUUCAGAGGUUCGGUUUCAGAGGCUUGGAUUUCUGGCCUGGGUCUUGAGGGGGUCCGAAAAUAGACUUGAAAUGAUGCUUGCCUACUUUUGCCCAUAGCAACAACUUUCCCCCCUAGCAACAGAGUUUCCUUAGCAACGGACUACUUUAUUAGACAGGCUGUGAAAGAGAUAAUGUGUCCGGCCAUUACUCUGCCCAGAUGGCUGGAGAGCAGAGAGGAGGAAUGAACCUCAUAGUUUUUCUUUAAUUUCCUUAGACCUGUAGUUGCAUAAGUUGUAAUGUUAAUUCUUCAAUAAAUACUUGAAGGAGAACUGGAAUGGGUGAGGGGCUUAUUCCCACAUGGGAACUCACCAACAGAUUGAGCAGAAAGAAGAUUCUGGAAGACUUUCUGGGUGGCUCUGUGGACUGAAAAAGGAACCCCCAAUGAUGGGCAUGGUGCCUGCUCUGGGUGCCCUCCUGGGCCUCCCACUUGCUCGCGGGCAGGCAAGGUGGCUUCUCCUGCUCCUCCUCCUCCUCCUCUGUUUCAGGCAAGGCUCUGA